GGACUCACUAUCAGUAUCUGUGGGUUCAGACUCACGCACGCGAUCAUGAGCGCUUCAUUCUGGACUUAACUCUCAUCUCUGAUGUCUGCUCAUGGUUUGGCCAUGUAGUUUUUGAAGUGAUCCAGAGCGGUGGUUUUUCUACAGACUGAAGGAGAUUGUUGGGGUGUUAGAGGAUGUUUUUAUUCAUUCUUUUCUCAGCUCUAGUCCUGUGUGGAUGUGCUCAAUACUCCAGCGACCAGUGCAGCUGGACAGGAAGCGGGCUGACGCACGAGUCUCACGCGCGGGACGUGGAGCAGGUGUAUCUGCGCUGUGCUGAAGGCUCUCUGGAGUGGCUCUAUCCCACUGGAGCUGUCAUCGUCAACCUGAGGCCCAACCUGCCGUCCUCCGCACACCUCCACGCCUGCGUCAAGCCCCGGACGGACUCGCGUGGAGCCACGCUGUACGUGGAGCGGGCCGGAGAGCUGCGGCUGCUGCUGUCGGAGGCGGAGCAGGCGGCCGGACUCGUGCGCUGCUUCAGCCUCCAGGAGGGGGCGCUGUUCGUGGAGGCGUCCGCGCGGCGGGACAUCAGCCGGAGGAUCACGGCCUUUCAGUAUCAGCUGAUCUCCACGCAGACGCCCGGAGACGAGUCCUACUCACCUGCAGCUCCCUGCAGACCCUGCGCUGACGACGAGCUGCUCAUGGCGCUCUGCACCAGUGACUUUGCGGUGCGCGGCAGUAUUCAUCAUGUGGAGGAGGAGGAGGAUGAUGAAGGUCAGGCCUCUGUGGUGGUGUCGUUGAGUCACGUGUACCGUCAGAAGAGCCGCAUGUUUGUGUCUAGCGGCGGGGGGCGCGGCCGCGGCCGGUGGACGGGUCGCGUGAAGAUGCCGCAGCGCUGCGGCCCGCGGGCGGGACAGGGCGAGUUCCUCUUCACGGGAGCCGUGCGCUUCGGAGAGGCCUGGCUGGGAUGUGCUCCACUUUAUAAAGACUUCAUCAGACUGUACCACUCGGCUCAGGUCGCAGGGACGAACCCCUGCCACAUAGACACAGACUGAGAGACACACACAACAAACCUCUGCUGAAGUUCAAGUUCAUGACACGUGUCCAGUUGUUCAUUCAAGUCGAGGUCUGGGUCACAUUUCACCCCAAAAUCAAAAUAAAUAAGCAAGAAAUUAAAUUUAGACCAUUUUAUUUUAGAACAGUUUUAGACAUAAUUUUUUUCAUAACAAACACAUUUCCCACCAAAAGUAUCAAUUGCAUCCAGAUGUUUUACUUUUUUAAUUAUUUUUUUAUUUUAAUUUGUAAUUUAUUAUUUUCAGUACUACAAUUAUGUAUAAAUAUUUCACUUUUUUUAAAACAUUUUUCAUGGGACAUUUUUCUUAAUUGUCAUGAGACAGUAAUUGUCACAAUUUAAUUCUGUAUUUUUUCAUGCAGAAUAUCAUUUCUUAUUUUAUUUGUGUUGAUUUUGGGGCGAAACAAGGCCUGGGUGUGUUCUUGGCAGGUUUCGGAGAUGGGAUGUACAGUGGUUCCAGAUGGACGGAUCUCAGUCAGGAAUCCUCCCUGAAGUUGCUGUUCUUGGUUACAGACAGAAGUUUUGUUUAUUUGUUUCUGUCUGUUCUUGUUGCCUGAUUUCAUACAUCUGAAACCGAUGCAGAGAAAUUGUGUCGUAACACUUGGAUCCAAGUGUGUGUGAGUGUGUGUAUCAGCUCUUGCCUGCUGCGAGAGGAUGGCGGUGCUUUUCUUAAAAGCUUUGUUUAUAGUUAUAGAGCAGUCGAUUCUUCUGACUGGAGUGUGUUCACGUGUGAGUUUGUGUGUGUUUAUGGUGUGUGUGUGUUUUGUUUUGUUGAGUUGCCUUUUCUGUUCCUUGGACUCAGAAAGAGUCUGGAAUAAAACACUCUUAAUGGACAAAUCAUUGUUUAUGUGGGUGUCAUUUUGUGUGUAUUGCUGGGUGUUUUCUGUCCAAUCUGCCCAACAGUGGAGAAAAUUGCGAAAUGUUCAAAUUAUCGUGUGAAUGUGAGUUCUUCCAGCUACACAAGCCUGAUGUCGUAGUGCAGCGUAUAAACAUUACCUGAGCACCGUUCAAAGACUUUAUAA